AUGGUUAACUCCCUAGACAACGACGCUCUUGAGUUAGCACUGGGAAGACUCGACCUUGAGCCAAGUGACACCGCAGAGAUUAGGAAAUGGUUGAACUCUCCUGCUCUCGGUUCCUGCUUCUCCUCGUACGACUUCGUGUACGACCCCAUCGACAAUGAUAGGCUGGACAACAUCCUGAGCAAGCUCCUUGAACUGGACGCAGUUCCGCCUGCUGAGGCCCGAAACUUCGUCUCACUUUGGGCGGGGGCCAUAGUUACAAUGUCCCCCCCGCUCGAGGACGACGAGGAAGAGGACCCAGUAGACUAUGCUCGCAACAUCUUCUCGGAAAUCUUCCAUGGCGGCCUUGUCCAUGGGGAGCGGCUCCCGGUUACCUUGUGGCUAGCUACGGUCCUCGCCACCGCAUCAACCAAGAGGCGAUUCAGGCUGGCCCGAAGCACCAGGCUGG